GCGACCGGACGCGCACGCCACGCGCUAUGUCCACCGACCAGCCCAUCCGACAACCGAACUGUUUAUUUAUACGUUUUACUUUGCUUACUCAAACAAGUGCGGUAUAUUCUCGAUAGUAAGCCUCGGGCGUUUAAUGUGAUCGUUAAUUAGACUAUUGUUCAAUCAGCUUGGAUUUUUAAAUAGUUUCGAUGAUGGUGUCCGAUGGGGCUCUCCCAGUAGUGUGGUGUAUGCGCGAUAACGAACUUGUUCCUCACCAGUUAUCCGGUGUAAAGUUACAAGGUGUUGUCACUGGUGCUCAUAUAGCCGCUGUUACUAACUUUUUGCGUAUGGUGGCGGACACUCCUAUUAUUUUACCUCAUACUCCAGUGCCGGAAGAGUUGGAAAAGGCCAGUGAUGAGCCGGAAAAUACAGUUAGACAAAGGAAAUUGUCUCACCAAGUGGAGGUUCCAUGUGUUUUCCUCUCAGAGAGUGCUUUACAUAAGGCAAAGUGUCGUCAAAAUUCUAUAGAAGAGAAGGUAAUAUUUAGAACACCCGGUAUAGAUUAUAUAUCAAAUAAGGAUGUUAAGAAUUAUCAUUCGCUAGUAGCGACUUCAAAUGAUUUUUUAUCAGAUCAGCUAUCUAUAGAGAUGGGCUCUUCGAAGCUUCCUUCAGUCUUAGACACUGGGGCGGAGAGUAUAACUCAAAGAAUCACUAGAAUAAUUGAUUUAGACAAUUUAAAUAAUGAUAAAUUUAGUAAUGAAAAUGAUCUAGAGCUUCCUCAAAGAAUAACCCGGAUAAUAGAGUUUGAAAAUAAAAAACUACCAGUGACCAAAGAUCUAGACAGCGAAGUGUCACAGAAAAUAACUAGAAUAAUAGAUUUAAACGAAAAUAUGUUCUCAAACAACGAAACAAAUUGCUUCGAUGAGAGCAGUAAUAGCGAAAGAAAAUCAAAUCAAAAGGAAUUUGUUAAGGAUAACAAUUUUCCUAGUAUGGCAAAAAUAAUUGAAAUGGAAAACGAAAAAUCUAACGAAAGGAGAAUUUCCUUAAUUAGUGAAAGAGACAUUGGGUGUGUGAUAAAAAGUGACUCCCAUGAUGAUGUACCACAAUGUAAUAACAAACCCUUACGAAGAGGUAGAUUUAGUGUUGAUUCCUCGUGCUCUGAAAACUCCUACGCUAAUAUUGAGACACUUAGGAAUUUGUUAGAUGACAAAAAGGAUGAUACUUUAGAACUUACAACAACCGUUGACCCAAUGUCAGCAUGUAAACCAGUCAUUCGUUCGCGUUUUAGUAGAAAAAAAGCAUCCGUGGCCUCGAUGGGUUCGUGGGAUUGCGAUGACGAUGUAGACGUUAUUUUCAAAUCUAAGCCUAAAUCUAGUCAGUGGUUGAGUCUGGAUUGGAUUCCGCCCGCGCAGGAUGAGCCAGUUAAUUCCCAAAUCCGCGAUAAAAACGAUUUCAUCUCCAAAUGGAUUGAAGAACAAAACUGUCAGAAUGCGGGAAUCAUUGCGGAUGAAAGGCGACGCAGCUUGCCGCCGAAAUCUAAUGAAAUAUAUUUGCAAAAAAUGAGAAGGUUUAGCGACUCAUUGCAGAUAUGUAAAGAAGAUGCGGCCAGUGAUUCGCCAGCAACUGUCAAAUGGAAAUGGCGCGAUAUGAUCAAACGUCACCUUCAAGUAAUAAAGAACGAUAAAGGUUUGAGAAGGCAGAAAAGUGGCCUCAAAACAACUGGUGAUUCGAAUGUUGAUAAGAGUCUGGACCCUUUGCCACAGGACACGUACAUGAAACUGAAUUCUAUGUGGUAUUUCCGAAAAAUAAAGCGAAUCGAGGCAGAAAAGAAACUGCUCCUUCCUGAGAAUGAGCACGGCGCUUUUCUCAUUCGAGAUUCGGAGAGUCGCCACAAUGACUUCUCCCUGUCUGUGCGCGACGGUGAUACGGUGAAGCACUACCGCAUCAGACAGCUGGAUGAAGGCGGUUUCUUCAUCGCACGUCGCACCACCUUCCGUACGCUGCAGGAGCUGGUCGAGCACUACAGCAAGGAUGCCGACGGCCUCUGUGUAUCGCUCAGCAAACCCUGUGUUCAGGUGGAGAAACCAGUUACAGAAGGUCUCUCGCACCGGACAAGAGAUCAAUGGGAGAUCGACCGCUCUUCGCUCAAGUUUGUCCGCAAACUGGGUCACGGACAGUUCGGAGAAGUCUGGGAGGGUCUGUGGAACAGCACGACACCAGUCGCAAUCAAGACCCUCAAGUCCGGCACCAUGGACCCCAAGGACUUCCUCGCUGAAGCGCAGAUCAUGAAGAAACUCAGACACAAUAAGCUCAUUCAGCUCUACGCUGUUUGCACUCUCGAAGAACCCAUCUAUAUCAUAACUGAAUUGAUGAAGAAUGGAUCGCUUUUGGAGUACUUACAAGGCAAGGGUCGCGGAUUGAAGCUGCAGCAGCUAAUCGAUAUGGCGGCACAGAUCGCGGCCGGAAUGGCCUACCUCGAGUCUCAGAACUACAUCCACCGCGACCUGGCCGCGCGGAACGUGCUCGUAGCGGACGCCAACAUAGUCAAGAUCGCGGACUUCGGACUCGCCCGGCUUAUCAAGGAGGACGAAUAUGAAGCGCGAGUGGGAGCUCGGUUCCCGAUCAAGUGGACGGCGCCCGAGGCGGCCAACUACAGCAAGUUCUCCAUCAAGUCGGACGUGUGGUCCUUCGGGAUCCUGCUCACCGAGCUGGUCACCUACGGCCGUACGCCAUAUCCUGGCAUGUCGAACGCGGAGGUGAUGCACCAGGUGGAGCACGGCUACCGCAUGCCGUGUCCGCCCAACUGCCCCGCGCCACUGUACGAGAUCAUGCUGGAGUGCUGGCACAAGGACGCGCUCAAGCGGCCCACGUUCGAGACGCUGCAGUGGAAGCUGGAGGACUUCUUCACGAUGGACAACUCGGAGUACAAGGAGGCGUCCGCCUACUGAGCCCGGCCCGCCCUGCCGGCCCCCCGCGCGCAGUACCCGCACCCGCACGCGCUGCAUUCUGCGAGCGUGUACGCGAUGCCGCCGGAGCUGCAGCUGCUGCACGGCAGUGCGUCGCUGCAGCACCUGUCGCACGCGGCGCACGGCCACGUGCCGCUCGGACACGGCCACGGCCACGGCCACGUGCCGCACUCGGCCACGCUCAGCCAGCUGCCGGUGUGCCGCCACCAUCGCCACGCGCCGCGCCUCUAGGCUCGCGCCACAUACAUCACACACACACACACCACACACACUAGCUGCUCAUUUCAAGAUGGCCGCCUUCAAAUAUUACUGAAGUUUAAUAAGUAAAUUAUAGUGAGUCAACUCUUGUUCUGCCGCUAAAUACCUACAGCACUAACGUCUAGUAAUAGUGUUGUGACACAAGAACAAAUGGUUGAAAAUAAUUUCGUGUAUGAGAUAUGCCUAAAUACGUAAGAGGGCCCCGCCCCUAUCCUAUAAUUUAACACGAGUCUAGUGGCCGAGUUGACUUACUAGUUGUAUUUAUUACACAUACGUGACUUGAGUCACGUGUGGGGUCUCGCCAUUUUGACAUUUACUGAACACAAGAAUAAUUCCAAGUUAAACAUAGCAAAUACUGUCAAAUAAACCUUUUGUAUAUAAUUCCAGUCCAUAUCAAAUAUAAUGUGCCUGGAUCAUUGUAGUGUUUCUGUAUUAUGCUACAUAAUGUCAUCGAUCAUUCAUAAUAUGUACCACCAUGUAACCCAUUUCACCUAGUUAAAUUAUGUACGUCUUUCUACGUGUCUGUAGAUGUAUGAUCCUCUUUGAAGUGUCAACGUGUUGAGACCAAUUAGUAGUAAAUUCUCCCAACACGUCAUCUUAGUGCGUUUGUGUUUAUUUAUAUACGAUCGACAUUCCUUUAAAUGCGUAAUUACCAGAUAGUCUUUUAUUUAAAAUAUUGCUCCUUCUCUGAAUGUUACAUAGCUAGCAACGACUAUAAUUUAAGCGUUACCGUCAUAGCUAAUUGAAUAGAAAUAUGCGGAUCUAAAUAUUAAUAAAUUCGUACGAAGAUAAAAAUUUAUGCGCACGCAAAUUGCACUCUUAAUUUUCGAUUUACUUAAUUGGUCACGUGUGCAUAUGUUUGCUAAUCUUCGUGAAAUUUAGUUAAUAAUGCUCUCGAUUAUUCGUAUGUAAUAGCUGUAGUUAUAAACUAGCCGUUUUUGGAGAUCGUCUUAUCUAUGAUGCACUGGCUGUUUUCAAAUUCGCGUUACUGUCAAUACAUGUAGUUUAUUCUGUAUUUUUAAUACAAGAAUAAGAAAUAAAGUUUUCUUAUGUCAGACUCGCUGCUCGCGGUGUUGUAAAUACAGAAAGACGCAUGUAGUAUCUCUUUUUUUUUCAUCUCUCUAAUUACUGCUAUUUACAUUAUUUUAUCCAAAGAGUUUGUAAUAUAGCGCACAUGUAUUAAGCUAUCUAAAACACUUCUGUGUUACAUAGUAUAUAGAGCUUGAAAAAAAAACACUGCGAUUUACCGCAAAAUCAAGUUCCCUUGCGCACCGAUGGUUUAUGUCACCUCUGGCAGUAGUAUAGUUGUAGCGCAUUAAGUGUAGGCGAUCUCAAACGUAAAAGUAUCUGAAGUUUUGUUUCCAGCAUUAUGGAGCUAGGUGACUGCGGCUGUAUGUGACUGUGUGUGAGUCGAGUGGAGUAUGGCUUGUGCUGAUGUGUGCGUGAAUUCGGGAGGAAAUUUAGGUUCGGCAGGGAUUGUAUAUUUUGUGUAACGGACACGGUGUGACGACCCGCGGACGACUUGUGACGUGACUUGUCAUUGUACGUGAUACUAGAACUUUGUUGACUAAAUACAGCAACAAUUUGUAAUGGAAGUGAUUUUAUUACAAGGUGUCUAUGGAAGUGAGUAAGUUUGUGUUUUGAAUGAACUUAGUCCAAAAUUAAAUUGAAAAUUGAGAGUACAUUUCUCCAUAACUCCAUAAGUAGUAUUUUGUCUUUUAACACACAAAGAUUUUAUAAUAUUAUUAUUAUUAUUAUAAUUAAUUGGCAAUUGGGAAAGAUUGUCAAAACAAUUUUUCAAGAACGUUAUUCCAAUAAUAAUAUUUUCUGUGUCUUUGUAAUUUCAUGUUCUUAAUCUCGUGCUUCAGGAGUUUUUCCUAUUUUAAUGUCACGGUACAAGCCGGCCGCUUGCGUACGUCUCUACGUUCCGACAUCGCGUAUUGUAUUAGGUAUAUUACACCUACGUAUACUAUGUUAAACGUAGACUUAACGAUUAUGGUGAUAAAUGCCAAAUAAUCCUAAUAAAGAACUGAAUUCUGUAUGUAUACUUACAUUGUAAUAAUUGUUCUGAGGUAUUUAGAGUUAGGUCUUUAUUUAUCGUAUUUAAGUGGCGUUUGUAUACCGUUCUUAUGACACUGUUGUUAUAUUUGCAGCUUCUUCGUUUUAUCGAGUCCUACUUAUGUUGUGCCAAUAAUUAUUCAAAGUAUAAGUUGCCAGAAGUAUAUUGAUAUAUAUAUAUCAUCAUAUUAUAUCAAAAUACUGCCUAUAGAGCGUUCACUCGCGAAUGGGCCUAAAUGAUAGAUAUUUUUGAAUGUAGUUUUGUAUUGUUAAUUAGGUUAGGUAAUGCUGUUACAAUCGUGCUUAUACUCAUUUUUAAAGGCACACUUGCUGCCAGGUUAUUUAUGACACAACCUCGGAGCCUUGUGUCGUUCAACCGUGUUUCUAGAGAAUUUAUUUUAAAUUUAAUUAAAUAAUAGGUACCACCAUAGCGCACCAUAACAUGCUAUGUUAGAAAUAAUUCUAGUUUUACAAUUAACUACUUUUUACCUCCUCACAAAGUAAAUAAUAAUAAAAUAAAUAAAUUAUAUUUUAUCCCCAGAUGCUAUCUGAUAUGUGUUAUUUGUUUUUAUUUGAAUGCUUUUUAUUUUUAAAAUAAUUAUAGUGUAGAAUAAAUUGACACUUGUAAAUAGUAAGCUUUCACAAUAAUGUAGGUAGUGUUUGUCGAUGCCACAAACAUUCCGGCUAGAUUGGUUUUAAUAAUAUUGACGAAAUAUUGAUAGAUUUUCAAGACGCACAAAUAUAGCUUAUGAUUACAUAACUGCCCGUGCGGCGCCUGUCCCGCCCACUCGACGCGAGCGAGACAACAUACAGUAUUCUAUUCAGAAAACAUCAUAUACGUUAUCUUGUUAUAAUAAUUAAAAGUCAAUCUUUUGUUUAUUGCCCAAAUGCUGCCGAUAUUUUUAUAGGAUUUUUAUGAUUAUUUUCAAAAUUGACUCCUUACGUGCUCUCGCUCCCGUCGACUGUAUCACACUGGAGUGUUGAAUGGUACCAGCUUCUGUAUUAUAUUUUUAACUUUGUACAUGUAUUUGAAUAACUAUUGACUUUUUGCUACCACUCAUUUUUAUUCGUUAUUUAGCAGAUAAUUACAAUCCAUUUUUUUUGCUAUUAUUUGAAAAAAGUGAAGAAAUUAAACCACAAUAUCUAUUUGAGAUUUUUUCAAGGUUUCAUUGGCAGCUUCUUUGUACCGGCAGUUUAUUAUUUAGAUAAUUAAUUUAUUUAGAUAAAUAUAAAUAAUUUUAAGUUGUAGCUGUAUACUCUGCUUCGACGAGCGUAUCCUUAUUUUUAACUAUUAUUUAAUUUAAUUAGCCAAUUUUAAGUGUACUAAGUAAUACGCCAUCACAAUAUUCGAUAGCGCUAGACUAAUAAUUGGUUCUUGCGCAAUUAUUUGUGUUUUGCAAUAUUGAGGGUAGUCGUGUAAGAGUGAAUGUUGAGUGUAGUGCGAUUGACGUUGGUUGAUACUUUGCGUGACGCUAGGGUCUUAUUACCUCCGAGUAUCAAUUAAUAUAUAUUUAAGUUUCCGUCCGGUAUCGCACUGCCGUAUCGACGUUGAUCUCUUAUAAUUAUUAUUCGUUACUCUUUGCCGUAUUACAGUUUAUUUUUGGUGUAAGAUCACGCGCCGAUCUGGCACUGUCGUACCGGCUUAUUGUAUGGUUAUGAUAAUUAUAUUUCACUUAUUUGUAAAGAUUUUUUAACACAACAAUAAAUAUUAAUGUGAAAUA